CAAACUCUUAAUCCUCCUCCUCCUGUCUUUCUUUUGUGUAUAGUAGAAAAUGAGAACUAAUGGUACUAUUCGAAGCUUGCCAUUGUUCUCUCUCUUGUUCAUUAUGCAUAGUGUAUUCUUUCGGAGCGCAACCGGCGAAUACGGCGACUGGGAAAGCGCCCACGCGACGUUCUACGGCGGCAGCGAUGCAGCGGGCACAAUGGGAGGAGCAUGUGGGUACGGCAACUUGUACAGCGAGGGCUACGGGACCGAGACGGCCGCUCUGAGCACCGCACUGUUCAACAGUGGCCUGAGCUGCGGGUCGUGCUACGAGCUCCGAUGCAGCGACGACCCACAAUGGUGCAUUCCCCGCACGAUUACGGUGACCGCCACCAACUUCUGCCCCCCUAACUACGCACAGGCUAGUGACAACGGAGGGUGGUGCAACCCUCCUCGCAUGCACUUCGACUUGGCUGAGCCCGCGUUCCUGCAGAUUGCCCAGUACCGAGCCGGGAUUGUCCCCGUGAGCUUCAGAAGGGUCCCAUGUGUGAAGAAGGGAGGCAUAAGGUUCACGAUCAAUGGCCAUUCAUACUUCAACUUGGUGCUGGUCACAAAUGUGGCUGGUGCAGGGGAUGUCCAAGCAGUGUCCAUCAAGGGUUCAAGGACUGGGUGGAUGCCAAUGUCAAGGAACUGGGGCCAGAAUUGGCAGAGCAAUUCACACCUUGACGGACAGAGCCUCUCCUUCAGGAUCACUGCGAGUGAUGGUCAGACACUCACAACCAAUAACGUCGUCCCGGAAGGUUGGCAGUUUGGACAGACUUUCGAAGGCGACCAAUUUUAGGUGAAUGAAAAUGAUCUAUCCGAGAAGGCGGGGAAAAUCGAAAAUCAAAGGAAAAAAGAGAACGCCUAUAACAUAUUAACAUGUAUACCGGGUUAAUAUAUGAUAAGAGGCUGAUAAAUUUGCACUCCUAGAACCUACCUCAAAAGGAAAAGGAAAGAAGAUGUAGUCAUUGAAAGUAUGAUCGCUUGUGUGUUCCUAUUCUAUGGACUUCAAAAACUGAAGUGCUUAGAAUAAGCGCAACUUGGUUAAGUUGCCUUGAUUAGGUAUAUGCAGAAAUACGAAAUAUGUAAUUUGGGUCGGUGUUUGUUUCACUGAAGACGGACUUUCACAAAAAAGAUACAGAACAGGGAACGAAAUUCUCUCC